GUUGAUGAGAUGUGAGCUUCCGUAACAUGUGCAGGCACUGGAACCUAACGCGGUUUGCAGGGAAAGUAGUGGAAGGGCUGACCGUGACCAGGGCAAUGUCGUCCGGUCUGACAGGAGUGGAGGCUGGCAAGAGAGCAGCGGCACGGGCGGCCGUGGACAAUCACAUCAAGACAGGCCAGGCUGUUGGCAUAGGAAGUGGCUCAACCAUUGUGUUUGCAGUGGAGAGAAUAGCGGAACGUGUAAAAUCAGAAAAGCUACAACUACAAUGUGUCCCUACCUCAUUUCAGGCUAAACAGUUGAUCCAGGAUAACAAUCUAACAUUGAGCAGUCUGGAGACUUGUCCUAAGCUUGACAUCGCUAUAGACGGUGCAGAUGAAGUAGACGAUGACCUCAACUGUAUAAAGGGUGGAGGGGGCUGCCUGACACAGGAGAAGAUUGUCGCCUCGUGUGCCAAGGAUUUUAUCAUCAUAGCUGACUAUAGGAAGAAUUCUGGUUCCCUCGGCACUUACUGGACCAAAGGCAUUCCUAUAGAGGUAAUCCCCAUGGCGUAUAGACCCGUUCAGAUCAGGGUCGCAGCAGAGCUUGGUGGCAAGGCAGAUCUCAGGAUGGCUAUUCGCAAGGCAGGCCCAGUCGUAACCGAUAACGGUAACUUUAUACUGGACUGGGUGGCACCAGAGAAUACUCACAACUGGGAGGUCGUCAAUCAGAAGAUAAAGAUGAUUCCAGGCGUGCUGGAGACUGGAUUGUUUAUAAAGAUGGCUCGUGUGGCUUACUUUGGAAAUGAGGACGGCUCGAUCACAUCACGAACUCCUCCCUGAUCACAGUCGGCUGGGGACAGAUAACUCCUGUACCGGAGGAACUUGCAUCAAUUAAAUCCAUAGUUUGUUGUCUCCCCUUUAACAGAAGUGAUUGUUUCUUUCCAUUCCGUUUUUUCCGUCCGCUCUCCAUAUCUUUCAAAUACUAUUUCAAGGUUUUACUGUAUGUUUCCACAAUGAAACUAUAACAUUCCUUUGUUACCUGAAGCAAUCAUACAAUGAAGGAACUUAUUUUUUAUUUUUCAAACACUUAACAGAAUGCCUUAAUAUCUGUUGUCAAUGUCAACAUUGGACUGAACUUGGUUAGUUUGUUGAUUGUUAAAUUUGAAACAAACUUGAGCUUUGAUAAUUGUUUAAUGAAAGUUGACAUUGAUGCUACAGAUGUUGUUACCUAAACCUUAUUUUUGUUGACAGUGUAUUAACUUGCAUUAGUCCCAAGGACCUCUUUGUUUUCCUUUGGUGCAAAUUAUUUUCAUUCUUACAUGAAACAGCUUAAAACUAAGAUAAUUUACAGUAUGAUAUUGUGGAAGAACUUUUUUUGUUAGAAUUUUGUUGCUUUUUUGCCUUGUGAUUUCAACCAAUGAAAUGUUUGAAAAUUGGCUAUUAUAUACUUGAUAUGAAGGUGCAUUAAAUAAUUGUAGAUAUUCAAACUUUUCAUGCUCAGUGCAUUUCAAUUUGUUUCCAACAUCAGUUGUAUUGGCUAUGGGCUUAUUUACAUUUCUUGUUUUUUUGUACAAGCAUGGAGACAUUUCAGAAUCAAAUGUUGUUGUCGUCCAAGGUUAUGGGGUAAUGAUAUGGAGACUGAUACAUGUACAGGUCAUUGUCAAUACGACACCAAACUCAACUCAUCACCCCAUUGUCCUGAGUAUAAAAGGAUUCUGCAUCUACAAUGUUUUAUUAAACAGUUCAAAACAUACUGUAAAAUCCUAUGUGUAAGUAUAAUUCAAUCAGUGAAUGUUGACAUUAUUUUCUAUUGGUGAUUUAACACUUUUUCCAUUGUUAUUUUGCUAAUGUUGCCAAAAGUAACCUACUCAAUUAAUAUGCCAAUGAAACUGAUAGAUUUGGGAGUUAACUGAACACAACAUGAUGAGAAAUAGAAAUGUGUUAAGUCCUGAAAAUUGCUGUGGUCCUACUACAUGUAGUAAAUUAGUAUCAAAUGAAAAAGAUACUUGUAGUGGUUGUACAAUUCCACUAGCCCUAGGCCCUGUGUCAGGGUUAGUAAAAUGUUGAUAUUGACUUUGAAAACACAGUCGAGGAUAAAUAGAUUGAUUUUUUUUUACUAAUAACCAGAAUAUGAAAUGCUACGCCCCAUUUGGAUCAGCAGGCAGUUAGAUACAUUCCAUUGUGUAUAGAAAACUAUUGUCUGGAUGAUUCAGCGAAGUUUAUUUUAUCUGAUAUAAUUGGACGAGGGUGACCUAGUUUUUAGCCGAGUGCAUGUUUUAAUGUACCUGGUAAGCUUUAAGAUUGUGUUGUAAUACUGUAGCAGAAUUACUGGAUGAUAUCUUUUUUUAAAAUAUGACAUUGAGAUUUACAACUGAAUUUAAUUAUUCAGAUCGAAGACUUUUUUUUUGAAAAUCAAGGUUCUACUUAUAUAAAACAUGUAUAUAUCCAACUAAAAAUUAAAUACAAAAUUGCAUUUAAACAGGAGCAUUUUAAUCUAAAAAAAUAUUUAAAAAUUGCAGGAUAACCAUGCCAGAUAUAUUUUAACACAGAUCUACAAUGUAGUAACUUCUGUUCAUGAUAUAUAUAUAGUUAACUAACAAACAGGACCAUCUACUGGAAUGAUGUAAUAGUUAUGUAUAUGACUGCAUUUAAUAGAUGGAUAGAUUAUUUUAAUGACUAAACCAUCUUUGAAAUCUAACAGUUCCACUCGGUACAAGUAUCCAUUCUGCACCUUGGAAUGCAUCAUGACAAAAUAAAACUUUGGUGCAUGCAUUUGUUAUGCAAACCAAUUAGAUUCUUAUAGAUCUGACAACAGCUGCCAUUACAAGUUGAGAGAUGGCCUAAUCAUUUGAUCAAUACUUAGAAUCUCUUUGCUUGUGAUCAUAUACCCAUCAAGGUGUUUGAACAUUGUAUAUCCCAAUUAGGCCAGUAGGUUCCAGAAAUUACAGAAUUGUAAUACUUCAUGUAGAUCAGCUGUAUCAAGUUUUCUUUGAUAGAUAUUACUUAUUAUAGAUUUAUCCAAAAGUUUUGCAAACAAUUUCGAAAUUUAAAGACUCCAUUUCAGAAAUUUAUAUAUAUGUGAGUUUCACUGAUUGCAUCAAAGAGUGACAGAUAUUUGAUACAGCUGAGUUUAGCCAGUCCCAAUAUUUCAGAAGGGUGUUUGUGCCAUAUGAAGGGACACUAUGUUCCUAUAUACAAUUAUUUGAAAUGUUUAUUUUUCUGUAAAUAAAUUUGAUAUUAAAAUAUAUUUUCAAC